AUGGAACGUCCUGAUAAAAAUGAACUUGGGAAAAAAGCAAGAGCGCGAAGAUCUUUGGUUUUGAAGGAGAACCGUUCAAAGCGUCCUAAAUAUAGUCCUCACCAACCGAUAAGUAUGGAUACAAAUCAUGUGUCGCCUAUCUCAAUGACACCAAGACAACCAUUGGCCGACCUGACUCCGUCAAUUCAAAACCAAUAUUCUCAAUCCCACCUAACUAACGAGGCAUUUUAUAAUACACGACUUCUUCAAGGUUCCGAACCAAGCCCAUCAAGACAUGGUUUUAAAACAAAUUUGCGGACGUCCCAUAUAGAGACUUUAGGAACAAAUUUAUUGUCUAAGUUUUCUUCCAGUGCGGCCGUGUUUGACUUUGGAAGUUCAUCUAAUACACCAACAUUAGAAACUUCUUAUAUUGGGUCAGGAAGUAACAGUGACACUAAUUUAAUUAAACAGCUUGACACAACCGCACUUCAAAGGCAGCCUGCAAAAAAACCGGUCUCUGCGGUAUCUCAAAUUGUAAGAGCAAAAGCGAACACGCCGGCACGGGGCUGGCCUAGACAGCAGUUGGGGGUUCCAAAUAUAGCAAAUCACUUGAGCAAGAAUGUGCCUAUCCAAACAAAUCCGACUGGGACAGAUACUCCUAAAAUGUCGAUGCAAACUGCCACUAUUCAUCCCGUCACCAAUGGAGUCAAUCUCGCAGUACCUCACAUAGUAGAACUGGAGGCGAAUGAACAACCUACCUCAGCUGCAACACAUCCCAACCAGACAACCAAUUCAUUCUGUCCAAACAACAACAAACAAGCUAAGGGUCGGCCUAGGAAGCAAUUGGGAGUUCCCAACCUGGCUAUCAACUUGAGCAAAAAGUUUGCGGUACAAACGAAUGCGCAACAAACACAGUCUCAAAGAUACACACCGGACUCAACAUCACAACAUAGGAGCGACAGUCGAUCGAGCAUUCCUAAUAUGCAAUUUGAUCAAACCAAGAAACAACCUUACAGAAAUAUUGAUACUUCUGUCUCACAAACCACACAUAGUGCCAAUCAUAGACCGGAGCCGUCAUGUCCUGUUUUUACGUCAGCCGUCAAUUUGGAUUUUGAGAGCGACUCUGGAGAGGAUAGAGACUAUGACCCGUUCGCAACAUAUUUAUCCAAAGAUGACGAAUGGUUAGAAUCGGAAGAUGUUGCAGCACCCUUUACAAUUCACGACAACUAUAGCGAAACUUCCGAAGAUUAUUACGAUGUCGGUGACCUUCUAAUAGAAUGUCGGUAUUGUAAAGCAAUGAUGUGGUGUCAGGAAAGGAUGCACAAAAGUUCCAAUGCUGCCAAUCCGAAAUUUAUGCUUUGUUGUGGAAAUGGGAAAGUAGAACUUCCAUUGCUAGAACAGCCUCCAAAAGUACUUGCAAAGCUGUUGUUUGAUAAUGAUAACUUAGAUAGCAAGAAGUUCCAACAUCAGAUCCGAGUUUACAAUAUGAUGUUUGCCUUCACAUCACCUGGAGCAAAGUUGGACAAUCGUUUUAACAAUGGACGCGGGCCUCCGACAAUAAGGAUACAAGGUCAAACAUGUCAUCGAAUUGGGAGUUUGUUACCUCCACAAGGUCAAAAACCGAAAUUUGCUCAACUGAACUCCAAAAACAUUGAUGAAAUGGUUGUCCAACAUUUGUCUGAUAUGUUGUACGAAUGCAAUCCUCAUGCUAAGAGUUUUCAAAUGGCAAGGCAAUGGUUAGACAAUGGUGAAAGUCAAAACCUUAAGCUGAGACUAAUUUCAAAUAGAUCCGCAGAUGGGAGAGUAUAUAAUAAACCUACUGUUUCUGAAGUUGCUGCCUUGGUUGUCGGUGAUAUUGACACAGCAGAAAUGAGGGAUAUCAUAAUGCAAACAAAAGGAGGACAGCUUCAGAGAAUCAAUGAGCUUCAUGCAAGUUACAUGGAUUUUCAAUAUCCUUUGAUUUUUCCUUACGGUGAAGACGGUUAUAGGCCUGAUGUAGCUCAUAGAGACUUGCCCAUCCAUGAAAACAGCAUAAGAAAUAGACUUACCAUUAGAGAAUGGCUUGCAUUUCGCAUUCAAACAAGGUUUACUGAGGCUAAGACUUUAUUAUCUUCUAGAAGGUUGUUCCAACAGUUUUUGUGCGAUGGUUACACAAUGUUAGAAUCCGAGAAGUUAGAAUGGCUUAGAAAAAAUCAACCAAAGCUCAGGGUCUCCAAGUACAAGUCUCUAAAUGAGGAAGGUGAUCAGAGUCAAGCUCCUGGGUCAAGCAUAGGCAAAAGAGUUUUUUUACCAUCCUCCUUUGUCGGCGGUCGUAGGUUUAUGGAUCAAUUGUAUUAUGAUGGUAUGGCCAUUUGUAGCAAAGUUGGCUUUCCUGAUUUGUUCAUUACAUUUACCUGCAACCCAAAUUGGCCUGAGAUACAAAGAGUACUUGGUCCUCUUCAGUUGAAACCACAAGAUCGGUCGGACAUCAUUUCUAGAAUAUUCAAAAUCAAGUUUGAUCAAUUGCUAGCUGACUUAACCAAGAAAGGUGUGCUAGGAAAAGUGCUUGCCUAUAUGUACACCAUUGAGUUUCAAAAGAGAGGGUUGCCGCAUGCCCAUAUUUUGAUCUUUUUGCAUCCUUCAAACAAAUAUCCUAGACCCGAAGACAUUGACAAGAUAAUUAGUGCUGAAGUGCCCGAUCCCUUAACACAUCCUCGGUUGUACAAUUUGGUCAAAUCUCAUAUGGUUCAUGGUCCUUGUGGUUUAGUAAAUGUUAAUUCACCUUGCAUGAAAGAUAGGAAAUGCUCCAAGUAUUUCCCAAAAAAAUUUCAACCGAGCACUAUAGUGGACCAAGAUGGAUAUCCUAUUUAUAGAAGAAGAAACAACGGUCACACGAUUGAAAAAAAUGGGGUCAUCUUUCAUAGUGGUCAUAUUGUUCCUCACAAUCCAAGUUUAUUGUUGAAGUACAAUGCCCACAUCAACAUGGAAUGGUGCAAUCAAAGUACUUCUAUCAAGUAUCUUUUCAAAUACAUAAACAAAGGUUCUGAUCGAAUUUCAGCUGUCAUUCACGGUUCUAACAAAGACAACAUUGACGAGAUCAAGCAAUAUCUGGAUUGUAGAUACAUCUCCCCAAGCGAGGCAUGUUGGAGGAUAUUUUCAUAUUCUAUACACGGAAGAAAACCAGCCGUAGAGAGAUUGUACUUUCACAUGGAAGGUGAAAACUCCGUUUACUACAAAGACUAUGAGCAAGUUGGUGAUGUGUUACUCAAACCAAGUGUAACCGAGUCAAUGUUUACAUCUUGGUUUGAAUCUAACAAAACUUACGAAGAAGCUAGAUUACUAACUUACGGUGACUUUGUUUCUAAAUUUAUUUAUCAUAAACGAAGCCGAAGUUGGAAACCAAGGAAACGAGGGUAUACCAUUGGAAGACUUAUUUGGGUUCCUCAAAGCACAGGGUUGACACUAACUGAUACGGAGCUAAAGGAACUUACUUUAAUGGCUAUUGAAACACUAUUACAAAACAAUAAUAAAAGUUUGAAAGAUUUCAAGCCAAUGCCAUAUCCCAAGGAUUUUGUUGUUUCCUUUAUAGGAAACCGACUUCUAUACGAUGAACGUCAAUACAAUGUUCAUGAACAACAACAAUGUUUUGCUAAUUUGUACUCAUCUCUCACAGAUGAACAAAGAAACAUUUUUCAUGAAAUAAUGGAUGCUGUCGAGAAGCAACGAGGUGGGGUCUUUUUCUUAUAUGGCUAUGGAGGAACUGGUAAGACCUUUAUGUGGAACACUUUAUCGGCUGCACUUAGGUCUAAGAAAAAAAUUGUCUUGCCGGUUGCAUCAAGUGGGAUUGCAAGUUUAUUGUUACCAGGUGGCCGAACAGCUCAUUCUAGGUUUAAGAUUCUUGUCCCUACUUUAGAAAAUUCUAUUUGCAACAUUAACAAAAAAGAUGAUCUUGCUGAGCUUCUAAAGGUGACCGAUCUUAUAAUAUGGGAUGAAGCUCCUAUGGCUAACAAAUUUUGCUUUGAAUCUCUUUAUAAAUCCUUGAAAGAUAUUAUGAGUGGAAUGCCUAAUGCAUCUCAACAAAUAUUUGGAGGUAAGGUUGUCGUCUUUGGUGGUGAUUUCAGACAAAUUCUCCCCGUUAUACCAAGAGGUACUAGAUCUGAUAUUAUCCAUGCAACAAUCAAUUCUUCUUAUAUUUGGGACCACUGUAAAGUCUUGAAGCUUACAAAGAACAUGCGGUUACAAUAUGGUAUAAGUGAUUCUACUAUUGAUGACAUUAGGAGCUUUUCAGAAUGGAUUUUAAGUAUUGGGGAUGGGACCAUGUGUGAGCCGAAUGAUGGUUAUGCUGAUAUUUGUAUUCUAGAUGAGUUUUUAAUUUCAAACUUUUCCGAUCCCAUUAAGGCAAUUGUGGAGGAUACCUACCCUGAUCUUAUUCCUAACUAUCUUGAUUCGGACUAUCUCCAAAGUCGUGCAAUCUUAGCUUCAACAAUUGAAGUAGUUGAUGAUAUCAACAAAUAUAUCACAAACCUUCUUCCAAGAGAAGACAAGGAAUACUUCAGUAGCGAUUCUAUAGAUAAAUCUGAUGCUACUAACUUUGAUGCAUAUGAGCAUGUCACACCUGAAUUCCUUAAUGUUCUCAAAACUUCUGGAUUGCCUAAUCAUUCAAUUAGGUUGAAAGUUGGCGUCACAAUAAUGUUAAUGCGUAAUUUAGACCAGUCUGAAGGCUUGAUGUCAUUGUCUCCAUCACAGUCACCAUGGCCAUUUAAAUUGGUUAGACGCCAAAUCCCCAUUAUGGUUUCCUUUGCCAUGACUAUUAACAAGUCUCAAGGACAGUCUCUUGACCAUGUUGGUUUGUAUUUGCCAAAAGAGGUUUUUAGUCAUGGUCAAUUAUAUGUCGCAAUCUCAAGAGUUAAGUCAAAAAAAGGAUUAAAGAUUCUUAUUCAUGAUAAGGAUAUAGAACCAAUGUGUAACACCACUAACGUUGUUUUCAAAGAAGUGUUCCAAAACUUGUGA